CUCGCCUGUGAUUCGUUGCUCGUUAAAGCGCUCCUGGUGGUUGAACGAGCCUUGUAGACUAGCCCCAGCCAUCCAUCACGUCGAGGACCUUCUAGGACAAUGCCAUGGCGAUAACCUCGAAAUUCUAUCAGAUGCGAUUAUGGCAACAGCCCCUGUGGGCCACGCAGCUGUAGCGGGCCAGAGCUUGAACCAAUUCCGACUCAUACAGUUUGGAGGUCUGUCAAACGCGACGACGGCUGAUGCUCGCUCGCCAGCACCUAUUCCAGACGCAUCAGAACAGAUGGCGCAAGCUCGCCCUCCCUCAGGCCAGAACCAGGAGCGCAUACCUUCUGCCGCGACUUCGAGGACGAAACCUCUCGAUCACAAUCCCACUCAUUCUCCUAGCGGCCUUGGUGGUGCCCUCGACCUGGUCGAGCUGACAUCAAAUCCAACAGUCGAGGGUAUUCUCGGCCCAAACAAAGACGGCAGAGUGAGGAAUCCAGUACCUAGUAAGCUGAAAGGGAAAACAGAUAACAACUCUGGAGCCUUCGGCGUCAUGAGCAUGGGGAUGAGUCCGGGGAAGAAGAACGAGGGUCAAGGCAAGGAUGCCGCCGCUGAACGUGAUGCCGCUGCCAGACGGACGAGCGAGAAUACUGCCUCCCGAGCAAAAGCAGCGCAAUCUGAGAAGUAUGUACCUCCAAAGAAGAGAGGUUUGGAGGCGAGCUUGGACGGCCCAUCUACGAGUCGCGGGUCACCAUUUUCGAGAGACGAUCACAAGCAGCGUGGCAGACCUUUAGCACCUGACGAAACGAAGAUUGAGCAAGCUCGACUCCUCACCCUAUUACGAAGUAUAAAUCCAGUGACCGUGGUUGAUCAAAUCUGCAAAGCCGUCGCGUACUUUGGAGGAAUACCUGGCGCUCCACCUCCAGAGGAUGGUAUUUUCCCCGAAAGCGCGAACACCAGAGAAACUGGCGCGUUAUUUAUCGGCUGGUUAGCAGAGAUUUUUCCAGAUGUCACAGCUCGAAGUCCCGAGAUACCAAGAGACGUGAUGCCGGGCGCUGGAAAGAAGAAGGGCAAGCAGACCAAGGGCAAUAGAAUUUCAGUGGAAGGAGACGCUUCUCACGAGCCUCCUAAUUCGAGGAAUGGCUAUGGAUUUGGUCCAGCUGUGUCUGCACCGGCUUGGGGCUUACCGCCAUCUCUUGGACUGGUAAAUACACCGCAAAUGACGCCAAUUCCAUUACCGGAAACUAGGAUCAUUCCCAAUAACGGUCCAAGUCAGAACAAACAACCAGAACAGCAGAGCCCUGCUACGCCUAUCAAACAGCAGUUGGAGGAACACAACGAUGGAAAUACAUCCACGAAUAAGAGGAGGCGAGGCAGGCCAAAGGGCUCUAGGAACAAAGGUCGAGGUGAAGGAGGAUCGGAAGGUUUUGAGCCGAAUGCUCCAGUUGCAGGGCAGACACAGGGUCAGCAAGGUUCCGAGUCUCCUCAAGCACAAGCAGCUGUCAAUAAGCCCACCCAUUCAAAAACGAGUGUUCCUGCAGCUGCCCUGCCAGCUUUCACUCCCGUCGCAAACAACCAAGCAACGACCUCAAAGCCACAUCAAACCCUUCAAUACUCAGAGCAGUCCUGGCCAAACAAUUUCCAGCAGAACCAGACUACAAACCCUACGAAUCUGCCUCAAGUGGACGAACUUAGUCCUGAAGAAAAGGCUGUCAUUGAGGCCUUCAGACAUCAUGGACCUGAAGCUGCAAAUGCUGUGCCAUCUCCUAUUACAACUUCGAAGCCUCCACCUGAGGCUGGUCAGAAGCGUAAGCGUGCGCCUCCGAAACCCAAACCAGCGCCUACCUCGGUGCCAGCAUUCCAACCUGAAAAGUCUCAAUCAGCCCAGAAAGUUGGGAGCUUGGGAAAUGUCCCCUCUGGGAAUGAGAGUCCUCUGACUGUCGCUAAGGAGGGGCUUCAAUGGGCUGCAGUAGAACCAACACCACAAGCAGCUCCUCCACCAGCCAAACGUCCUCGGCAAAGAAAGCCAAAAGCCCCUAGCACAAAUGAUCCACCAUCACGCAAUCAAACUGCGUCUAUCGUCAAUAGUGCUACUCCCCCGAUACCCCCAAGUACAAUCCCCGACUCUCAAGCCACGGCUUCUCAGCAGAGUAUCCCCCCAAGUCGACCACCAGCAGAAGGUCUCGAGGCGCACUAUGAGAGGUUUGUCAGUCUUCAGCAACAGCAAAAUGGUCGAAGUACCCCGUCUCUGUAUGGUUCCCACCAAGCAUCGCCUCAGAUGAGCAACAACAGUUACCGAAGCUCCAGUACACACACCCUAGCUCAAGCGUCACCUCAGUUUUCCCAAGCAGAGAAUACGUAUCGAACCGCCAGCCCCCAUACCCUUGCUCAACCCUCGCCGUCUUUCUCGCAAAGUGAUACGACAUUCAGGAACACCAAUACUCAAAACAUCACGCAGCCAUCACCAUCGUAUUCUCAAGCCGAAAAUCCUUACCGAACCCCGAGUACACAUUCCAUGGCCCAACCAACACCCUCUUAUACAACGACACGCUCCCAUCCGCAAACCCAACCUUCUCAUCAAAACCAUUACAGCCAUUUCUCAGACUCGACCUACAUUGAUCUCCCGACUCUAGAAUCUCUUGGCCAUGCCGGAAGUAGCAACAGCCAAAGCGUGGGUCUUGCUACGGGCAAUUACGGUCAAGGGAUGAGCGUUGGACUCGGUACUCCCGCUCGAUCAUCCGCAAGCAGUAACACUUUGUACGGCAGCAGCUCAGGUCUGAAUAGUGCUUUUGAUGCGAACACCAAUGAUCUUCUGAGAGGAGUCUCGCGAUCAACAACACAUACUAACUCCGCAUAUGGGACGUCACCAUCAGGCCUGGGGAAUGCGUUUGAUACGGGUCCGACUGAGAAUGAGAUGAGAGAGCGUCUGCUUCGAGGAUUCCGGAGGUGA